AUGUGGUGUACAUUGAGCACCGGAAGACAUUGUCAAGAUGCACACAUCACCGACAUAUUCGCGGUGGCAACGACACCAAAGUCAAUCAUAACGGGUAGCGGGUCGUCGACUCUACACGUCCACGACGCGACGGACCCUGCCUUCCCGCUGAAGCAGUCCCUCUCGGACGCCCACAAGCUCGGCUGCCACCACAUCUGCACCUCGCACAACGGCCAGGUCGCCGCCAGCGCCGGGUUCGGCGGGGAGGUCAAGCUCUGGUCCCUGGACCAGGAGACGGGGGAAUGGUCCCCCAACGGCGAGCUAACCGCGUCGCCCAAGCCCGGCGAGGCCUGGGCCCUGGCCCUCAGCGAGGAGGGCAACUUCCUCGCCGCCACGACAAACGAUGGCAGGGUCAACGUAUGGGACAUCGCGGCGGAAGGCGAGAAGAGGACCAAGGUUCAGGAGUACGAGACUGGAAGCCCCGGUUCUGGCAGUUUCGGCAUGUGCGUCGACGUCAGCAGGGACGGCAAAUACACGGCCAGCGGGCAUCAGAACGGCGCCGUUUACAUCUUCAACAAUGACACUGGCAGAAUGCUCUUUUCUCUAUCCGGCCUGGCAAAGCCCGUCCGGUCCGUCGCCUUCUCCCCGGGCAACAGUCGCCUUGCAGCGGCAGGAGACGCAGGAAUCAUUGCACUAUACGACAUCAAGCACGGCGAGCACGUCGGGAAUCUCACGGGCCACUCAUCGUGGAUCACGACGGUCGACUGGAGCGACACGGGCGAGUUCCUCCUGAGCGGUGCCAUGGACGGCAAGGUCAAGGUGUGGUCCGUCGAGCGCAACACCUGCGUCGCCACACACAGCGAGACAGACAAGCCCCUCUGGGCGGCCAAGUGGCUCCCCAAGACGGGCAAGAGCGAGAUGUUUUGCACGGCUGGGUCGAACAGGAGUAUCUCGUUUUACCGGGAGGCCACGGGGGGUUGA